GUUCGCGUGCACCUGCGCGGUGCGAUAAGGCGGGCGUGGGGGCGUGGAACGCGUCGCAGAGGCGCUGGGUCUGGUGGUUCCGGGAUUGGGGUCCCCGGAGCGGGCAGAUUACCUCGCCAGGGGCUGGGCCGGGGCGGGGCGUCAGUCCAGGUCCUGCCCGCCCUCAUCCGGGGGCCUGGUCCACUAAAAUGGCCGUGGCCGGAGUGGCGGCUCCCCACAGGACUGCGCCCGGCAGUCGCCUGGAGGGGGCCGCGUAGCCCCCCUUGCGGGCUGCGUCCUGGCUGGGCCGCCCUGGGGUGCUGGCCGCACCCCGCCCGGACCCCGCGUCCCCGCGUCCAUGCACUCCGUGUCGCCCGCAGCCUCGCAGUACGGGAGCGGGAGCCCGGAGCACGCGCGCCGGUCAGAGGCCCGGAGGCCGCGGGGACCCCGGGGCCCGGACCCCCAAAGCCUGGGGACCCCCGGAGGCAGCGGCCCCGCGUUCGGCCCGCCCGGCGCUGCCCACGUGGAGCCGGACGAGGUGGACAAGUUCAAGGCCCGGUUCCUGACCGCCUGGAACAACGUCAAGUACGGGUGGAUGGUUAAAAGCCGGACCAGCUUUAGCAAGAUCUCCAGCAUCUACCUCUGUGGCCGCCGCUACCGCUUUGAGGGUGAAGGUGACAUCCAACGUUUCCAGCGGGACUUUGUGUCUCGCCUGUGGCUGACCUACCGCCGUGACUUCCCACCCCUGGCUGGGGGUUCCCUGACCUCAGACUGUGGCUGGGGAUGCAUGCUGCGCAGUGGUCAGAUGAUGCUGGCUCAGGGAUUGCUGCUGCAUUUCCUGCCCCGAGACUGGAUGUGGAUCGAGGGUCCAGGCCUGGCCCACCCUGAGCUACCUGGCUCGGCCUCCUCUAGCCAGGGCCGAGGCCCUGCCCGAUGGAUGCCCCCGAGCUGCCCCUGGGGUGCCCUUGAGCGGGAACAGGAGCUGCGGCACCGGCAGAUCGUGUCUUGGUUCGCUGACCACCCCCGAGCACCCCUGGGCCUCCACCGGCUGGUGGAACUGGGGCAGAGCUCGGGCAAGAAGGCGGGUGACUGGUACGGUCCAUCGCUGGUGGCGCACAUCCUCAGGAAGGCUGUGGAGAGCAGCUCGGAGCUCACCCACCUGGCUGUGUAUGUUUCUCAGGACUGCACAGUGUACAAGGCAGAUGUGGCCCAUCUGGUGGCCAGCCCAGACCCCGCUGCUGAGUGGAAGUCUGUGGUUAUUCUGGUGCCUGUGCGCCUGGGCGGCGAGACCCUGAACCCUGUGUAUGUGCCUGGCGUGAAGGAGCUCCUGAGGUCUGAACUGUGCCUGGGCAUCAUGGGGGGCAAACCGAGGCACUCACUCUACUUCAUUGGCUACCAGGAUGACUUCCUGCUCUACCUGGACCCGCACUACUGCCAGCCCACUGUAGAUGUCAGCCAGGCUGACUUCUCCCUGGAGUCUUUCCACUGCACCUCACCCCGCAAGAUGGCCUUCGCCAAGAUGGACCCAAGCUGCACUGUGGGGUUCUAUGCAGGAAACAGGAAGGAGUUGGAGACACUCUGCUCUGAGCUGACCAGGAUCCUCAGCUCCUCUUCAGCCACAGAGCGCUACCCCAUGUUCACCCUGGUGGAGGGCCACGCUCAGGACCACAGCCUGGAUGACCUGUGCUCCCAGCUCUCCCAGACCACAACGCUGCGGCUCCCUCGCACCGGGCGCCUCCUCAAGGCCAAACGGCCGAGCUCAGAGGACUUUGUGUUUUUAUAAUGGAGGGAAUGGGGGAAAGAUGUGAGACUAUUUAUUUUUUUAUUUAUGUCAUCCUGGGGGAGGAGGGGGCCUAGAACUCAGGAGGUGACAGAGUUUCUCACCCUUACCCUCUCCACCACCCGAGACCAGUCUGUCAGACCGCAGGCAGGACUGGGGCUGCUUAUCCAGGGGCCACCACCUGCCAGCUGCACCCUCCUGGGUCCUCUCACAGGGCAGGGGGCAGGGAGGACACCCGGGCACCCACUCAGGGCCUGACUCACGUACUGUAGUUUGCACUGGAUUGGCCACGCCCUUCACUGUCCCCAAGUCCCGGUGCGGGGAGACUGGCUGCUGGGGGGUAAUAAAGCUGUUGAACUUGA